AUGUCUGACCCAUCUCCUUCAAAGGUCACUGCUCCUGUCAAGACCAACGACAACGGCAAUGGCGGUAAUCUGGAGUCGCGUCUCAGAGGGCUGAUACUCAGUAAUGCAAAUUCAUCUCCUAAAGUCAAUAUCAACCAACCUGUCACAGGUGACCCUCUGCCAUCAGAUGAAAUCAAGGUACCGCCUCAUUUGAGGUUAGCGACACCAGAAGAGCAGGCAGAAUUGCUGGAGAAUGCGAGAAAACGAAGACUUGCAGAAGCCCAAGCUAAAGCCAAUAGCGGCCAACCUUUCACAGCCAGGCCUCUACCAUCAGAUGAAAUCAAGGUACCACCUCAUUUGAGGCUAGCGACACCAGAAGCGCAGGCUGAAUGGCUGGAGAAUGCGAGAAAACGAAGGCUCGCAGAAGCCCAAGCGAAAGCCCAAGCCCAAGCGAAAGCUACUCCCUCCCAGCAGUCUACUCCUCCUCAUGUCACAGCGCCAAGGCCUGGCAAGAGACCCAAUCAAGCGCAGAGAAGGCAGAUGAACUCAACUUUGUCCAUUCCCAUUGACAACAGCAGAACGAAAAACUACAACAACCAGCACUCAGGUUUCAGUACUUCCCCUGGUAGAGGGCCUACUCAAUGGACACAUACUCCACCUCAUCACCACCAGCAGCAGAACCAGUAUCGCCAAAAUCAGCACCAAGGGAACUCGCCUCAGUUUCAGCAUCAUGGACCGCAUACCCCUAACUCUCAACAAAACUUUCUCCCCCAAAAUAGCCCACGUUCGCCUGUGUCAAUCACCCACAACACAGGAUCACAUGGUUCACGUCAAAAUACGCAACAUCAGCCAUUCAUCGCUGGCUCUUACUCUCCAAGAACUCAACCCCAAGGGAGACAGUUUUAUCAGCCAGGUCCGCAUCAUGGCCAAAAUCGUGGCAUAAAUCAAAGACCCCCUACCUCAGAGGAGUUAGCGAGACAAUGUUCUCAUCUUGACGAGUUAGUGCGCUUGCACGUACCUGUUGUUGCGAUGGAUUCAAAAGAGGAGGCUGAAAAGGAGACUUUCAGAGCCAUGGUGGAGCAAGCAUGUCGAAAAGCAAUUGCUUCCUACGAACAAGAUGAGCUUGGCAACAAACAAUUUGACCCUUUGUCAGUACAAUUACAAUGCUUUGGGAGCAUGAUGUCUGGAUUUGCGACCAAAUCAUCGGAUAUGGAUCUUGCGCUCCUUAGUCCCCAGUCCAAGCAACUUCCCGACUCCCCGGAUUCCCCCAUACCCCGAUUACUCGAAAAGACCCUCCUCGACAUGGGUUUCGGCGCAAGGUUGUUGACUAGAACCAGAGUACCUAUAAUCAAGCUUUGCGAGAAGCCAACAGACCAGCUGAGAUCCGACCUUAUUCAAGCACGCGAAAAGUGGGAGGCUGGGUUUGUCGAAGAAACAGAACGUGGUGAGGACUCUGAGCAUAUUCCACCUAGUCCUACUGCUCUCGCUACAGAGGAGUCGUACUUAUCAAAGCUUGCGGACCUAAAGCAAAAACACCUUUCACACCUUGAAUACUUAAAGUUAGCUAGACGAGUACUCGGAAAUGUUGGUGGUCGAGACUACUGCGUCGGAAAUUCGGAUCUCAACGAAAGCGAGUCUAAGAUUUUGCACGACGUAUGUAAAGCAUAUAUCUCUGGUCUCUCCUCUCCGCGCUUGCUAGAACGCUUGAAAGGAUAUCCUUCCAUCUCCCCUCUGUUCGAACCUCACCCCCAAGAACAGCCGAUUUGUCGAACAUUAUAUGGGCUUUCACUUCAAGUUGAAGGUGAGCGCUUGGCUAUGGGAUGGGAUAAGCGCCCCCUCAGCGAGGACCACGAUGCUCGCGAACGCGAAUGUUUUACUCUCCUUGCCAACUGGCACGUCUCGCAGAGCCACCCGUCCCCUGUAUCUUUCAGUGAAGCCCUGAAAUACGGCCAGGAGCUUCAAAUCUUAAACGAUAGACUGAAGAGGAUUCAAUCGCUGCAGCUCGUAUACCUUGAGCAAUAUCAGCAUGAAGAGCCAUUCGACUACUAUUCACGUGCUGAGCGCAUUGCGGACUUUCUUAGAGGAAGUGAUCGACAGGAGAGGAAUAAAGCUGUUACCCCCGUCGUGGUUAGAUACUACAUCAACGGCAUCAAUAGCCCAGGGAUUCGGGAGGGAUUGCAAAGCAUGUCUAUAGAACGCGGAGUUUCACUCCAGUGCGUUGCUCUUCAGCAUAGGAUCAUGCAGCUUGCAGCAGACUAUAAGCACGCAUUGAAGAUGGACCUUUUCAAGGAAACAGACGUUCCGGACAUUGAGGAAUAUAUCAAGAUUCUCGAGAGCGCCGAUGCCACCAAGUCGGGUGCAAUUAUCAUAUCUGGAACUAACAGCGACACAGUCAAGCUGAUUUCCCGCGUUCGCACUUUGCCCAACCCUUCCUCAAACAGACCUCGUGAUCGGUACAAGGACCACCUUGAGUUUCCAAAGACUGAUAUAGGUAUACAAUGCGAUAUCAACUUCUCGGCUCACCUCGCCAUUCACAACACGUUGCUUCUCCGCUGUUAUUCUCAUUGUGACCCACGAGUCAAGCAGAUGGUCCUAUUCGUCAAGCACUGGGCAAAAACUCGAGCGAUCAACACCCCAUAUAGAGGCUCGCUCAGUAGCUAUGGCUAUGUUCUUAUGGUUCUCCACUAUCUUGUCAACGUGGCUCAACCAUUCGUGUGUCCAAACUUGCAACAAAGUGCUAAUAAGCCACCUGAGCAUCUUUCACCAGCAGAAAUCGCUGCUCGGACAACUUGCAAUGGUUGUGAUGUCCGAUUCUGGCGCAAUGAGUCGGAGAUUCGCAGUGUUGCAGACCGCAAGUUGCUUACUCAUAACCAUGAUAGCUUGGGUUUUCUCUUAAGAGGUUUUUUCGAAUAUUACGCGCAGCUUGGUCAGAUGUCCACCAUUCCCCAUAGGGGAUUUGAUUACGGAAGAGAGGUGUUGAGCCUUAGAACCAAAGGUGGAAUCCUGUCGAAGCAGGAGAAAGGUUGGAUUGGUGCGAAGACCACGGUAGAAACCAAUGUGGUUGCACCACCAGCACGAUCCCCGACAGCAUCCGAAGCAACCGACAGUAACGAUCCAGCAGCUGAAGUACCCCCCGCAGAGGAGAGUUCAGAUGUCAAAAAUCCAAAAGUGCAUCCUCCCAAACAAAUUGAGGAGACCAAGGAGAUCCGACACAGAUACCUGUUCGCUAUCGAGGAUCCAUUUGAGCUUGAUCACAACGUUGCCCGAACCGUAACGCAUAAUGGUAUUUGUGCUAUCCGUGAGGAGUUCCGUCGUGCUUGGAGGAUUAUUAAGAAUCUCCAGAAGCGGGAGCAGCUAAGUGGGGGGCUUCUCGAUGAGAUUGAUGAGAAUGCGCCGGUGGAGGGGACUUGGAUGGAGUUGAUGCAUAAACUUCAUGGGCCGCCGCCUAAGGAGGACCUGGAGGAAUUGGAGGAGAUGAUUGGGGAGCAUUGA